UUGCCCUGGCAUAAGCUAGUUCUGUAGUCCCGAGAGUUUUGCUUGAAGACAAAUUCACGAGGUUCCUAUGCCCUAGGGUUGCGUAGUGGUAGAGCUUCCCGUGAUGCUGCUCCAUCUCUAAUUCUAUCGUCGCAUUCUUAUUUAUGCAAUGGCCUCGCGGCACAGCCAACGCGCCGCGAAGCCUCCUUUCCACGGGCGAGCGAGCGAGGCGGAACUCGCUUCGCGCGCUGCGCUUCCGCCUACCGCCUCUGACCUCCAUUCGACUCCCGUUACAACCUCCACGUCCGCUUACGCCGUUCCCCCAUCCGCCUUCUCCACCUCCGCUGCGCACGUUAGCGCGCGCCGCGCCGCCUCCGCGACGGCUGCGGCGACGGCCGCCGCGACUGGCGGGUCCGAUGGGUUGCGGCCGAGGAGCCGCAAUGCCAGCUGGAGCUUCCGGCGCAGCGGCGUUAAACGCGGCGAUAAUUACGGCGGAAGUCACGGCGGCAGUCGCGGCGGCAGUCGCGGCAGCAGCGACGGCGGAAUCGGCGGCAGCAUCAGGAGCCUCAGCAACCGCGUCAUGUCCGGGAUUUUCGGAAAGCGGCGCGAGACUUGCCGAGACAGCGGUCCUCUGCGACCCUCGUUUCACGGCGGGAUGGUGCGACUCGUGUCGCAAAACUUCCCGGAAAUUCCGCUCGAGGAGAUGAAAUCUGACGCGCUCUGGGGAACCACCUGGUGGUGGUUCGGACGAGUACUGGACCCGCGUACAACGCGUAUGAAGCAAUGGAUGCGAUUCGUCGCCGUGGUUCACGGCACAUCGCUAGCCCUCGAUCCUUGCUUCCUGUACCUACUUUCGUACAGUCCCGACGUGUCGUGCCUAUACUUAGAAACAACCUUUUCUAUAGUCCUCAUGGUGCUUCGGAGUGCGUGCGACGCGGUUUUCCUGGUAGAUGCGUUGCUUUCGGUGCGCACGGCUUACGUGUCGAAGGAGGCUAUAGCGAGGGGGCACGGCAGCGAGAUGGUGACUAAUGCGAGGGCGAUCGCGCGGUCGAGGUUCUCGCUCGGCGGGGUGGUCUUCGAUUUCAUCGCGAUUCUGCCGAUUCCGCAGGUGUUUGUGUGGGUGGUUGCCCCCAUCUUAAUCGGAAUGGACAAGGCCUCGUACGAUUUCUCUACAGGCGGCAUCACUAUAUGCUUCGCCGCCAUCAUUGUACAGUACAUGCUCAAGCUCGUCCUCGCCGCCCGCUUCACCGUGCGGGCACAGCGAGUCAACGGAUACAUCUUCGGUGCAGCGUGGUGGGGCUUCGCGCUCAAUCUCGUGGCUUACAUCAUCGCCGCCCAUGUGUUCGGCUCUCUCUGGUACCUGCUGGCAUCCGAACGAGUCGCCACAUGCUUCCAGACGCUGUGCCAGCAGGUCCCAGUGUCCGUGUGCAACCCCAACUUCGUAUCGUGCCCCGACGGAAGCGAGACGAUAGACGCCGACGUGAGCCCCGCGUGGGCGGCGUGGGGCGGCAAUGCCACGCUGCAGGCGACAUGCUUCGAGGGCAAUGGGGACUUCAACUUUGGGAUCUACGGCAUGGCGCUUCAGCUGAUGAAGGAUGGGUCCCCCCUGGCCAAGAUAUUCCUCGGGCUCUUCUUCGGCGUCAUGACGCUAAGCACGUUUGGCAACGCCCUGGAGCCCAGCACCAACUUUCCGGAAACGACCUUUUCUGUGAUCAUGGUGAUCUCGGGACUCAUGCUCGUCACUCUACUCAUCGGCAACAUCCAGGUGUUUCUGCACAGCAUCACAUCGCGCAUGGAGGAGAUGCAGCUGAGAAGACGGGACCUCGCCUGGUGGAUGAACCGCCACCAGCUGCCACCUGCCCUGCAGCGGCGUGUGCUGCGGCAGGAGCAGCAGAACUUCACUGCCACGAGGGGCAUCGACGAGGAGGAGCUGAUCAGGAGUUUGCCAAGGAGCUUGAGGAGGGAUAUCAAGCGACACCUCUGCCUGGACCUUGUCAAGAAGGUGCCGCUGUUUCAAGUGGUGGAUUCAGCAGCGCUGGAUGCGGUGUGCGAGCGACUCAAGCCGCUUAUUCUCAUCCAUGGCACAGAGAUCGUGCGGCAGGGCGAGCCCGUAUCGAUGAUGCUGUUCCUCAUUCGAGGCACCAUCCGGAGCACACACACCAUGAGCCAUGGGGCGUCCAGCUCCUGUCUAAUCCGAGAUGGCAAUUUCUGCGGCGAGGAGCUGCUAUCGUGGGGCCUGGGGCACUCGCCGGACUCCAACCAGCUGCCGCCCGCCACUGCCACACUCACCACAGUCACGGCUGUUGAGGGCUUUGUGCUGGAGGCAGAUGACCUGCUGUUUGUGACAACGCACUUCAAGUUCAACUGGAGGAGCCAGCGCAUUCAGCGGUGGGUGCGCUACUACUCGCCGCACUGGCGCACGUGGGCGGCUCUCACCAUCCAGAUCGCGUGGCGGCGCCACGUGGCACGGCAGCAUGCCACGUCACUGCAACGAUCGCUAGACGUGCACGCUGCUCUAAAUUUGCACGGUGGUCCGAACGCACAUGCUGCUGCUCCGAACGUACAUGCUGCUCCGGAUGCGCGUGAUGGUCCCCUCCUCACCACUGCAGCUUCUGCAUCUACUUCUGCUGCUGCUGCUGCUGCUGCUGCUGCUGCUGCGGAUGCUAAUGCUGAUGCUUGUGCCAAUGUUUCUGCUGCUACUGCUGCUGCCGUCAGUGCCACCAUGCCUGCCACAGCCAGCACCACUCCUGCUCCUAACUUUGAAUCCGCCUCUGCCCCUUUCGCCAGCGCAACUCCUUUGAUUCCUCCGCCUGCCCCUGCUACAGCUCCUGCCCCUGCCACGGCAGCAGCACAGCAAGGGACGGGGUUGUCAGUAAGUAGGGGCGGGACAAGUGCAGGGCAAAGAGGGAGGCUGAGUGUGGAAGAGAUAGAGGAGUUGCAGAGACGUGAUCGCAUGCGGCUGUAUAGUGCGAUAUUUUCAGCACCCAAGCCCCAAGGAUCUGUGGACAAAUAAUCUUAGUACAAUAAAGAGAAAUGACAGCUGCUCUCGAUAUCCCUGUCUUCUGUAAGUUUUACUUUUCCCGGACCUGAGCAUGUUGGGUCUACCCAGUAAUUGUAACUAUUAAGAGGUGUGGGCAGGGCUUCAGAUUGGAUUUUGA